AUGGACGCCUCCUCCCUCCGCAUCUCCAAGUUCGAUGGAACUAACUUCCACGCCUGGAAGUUCAAGAUGCAGAUGGUGCUGGAGGAACGGGACCUAUGGGAGGUCGUCAGCGGUGAGAUCAAGGCGGAACAGUGCGAGACUCAGUUGGACCAAGCGACGUACAAGAGGAAGUCAAGAAAGGCGAUGGCAGUGAUCUGUCUAGCCAUGGAAGAUUCCCAGCUACCGUUGGUCCGGUCGGCAAGUGGUGCAUGCGACGCAUGGUCAAGGUUGGAAGACCACUUCGAGAAGAAGAGUCUUGCCAACAAGCUGUUCUUGCGCCGUCGCUUCUUCACGACAAUGAUGGAAGAAGGCGACGAUGUGCUCGAACACAUCAACAAGCUCAAGACGCUGGCGGAACAGCUAGAAGCGGUGGGGGCUCCAGUCUGCGAGGACGAUCUGGUGAUCACACUCCUCGGCAGCCUGAGUGACUCGUAUCAAUUCUUGAUCACAGCUUUGGAGUCGCGCUCAGACACUCUUAGCUGGGAGCUCGUGACGUCUCGACUGCUUCAUGAAGAAAUGAAGCGGAAGGAGCAAGGAAGUAAAGGUGAUGAAGCUUCGCAAGGUCAAGCGUUCAUCACAAGGGACAAUCAGCGCAAAGGGCGACCAGUGAAGAAGUCCUGGCCGUGCCACAAUUGCGGAAAGAUUGGUCACUGGAUGGCGGAGUGCCCCUCGCGCAUCCAAGAAAACACGGAGAGACACCGGCCACAGCGUGCUCAAGACAGCGGCGACCGCUAUCGAUCACAACGUGCAAACGUCGCUCAAGAAGAAGACUCGGGCGACUACCUCUUUUCGAUCGGUGAAACGACAUCUGCGAAAUCGAGCGACAUCUGGCUGGUCGACUCCGGGGCGACGCAGCACAUGACGUGCUCCAAGAAGUUCAUGCGGAACUACAAGGGGUUUGACGCUGUGGAUGUCCAUCUCGCGGAUGAUGGAAUCGUCCAAGCAAUCGGCAGUGGGGACAUUGUCAUGUCGAUGAAGACACCCCAAGGGAUGAAGAAAGGUGUGCUCACAAACGUGUGGCACAUCCCAAAGUUAUCCAGAAACCUGUUCUCGGUCGGCCGCUUCACCAAGGAUGUCGGCCCAGUGACGUUCACGAAGGAUGGGUGCUAUGGAGAAGCGAAAGGGACCAAGUGGAAAAUUGGUGCCCGUGAAGGUAAAGGACUGUUCAAGCUGCAAAUGACUCCAGUGGCGCCGGAACAAGCAAAUGCAGCCAAGUCGUCGGGAUGUCAAGGGGGCACCAAGUCGUACCUCUGGCACCUUCGGCUUGGCCACAUAGGUCACGAUGGACUCAAUUGCAUCGUGACGAAGAACAUUGGAAUUGGCAUCGACAUAUCUUCGGUGAAGAAGUGGGACGUGUGUGAAGGUUGUGCUCUGGGGAAAACAGACUCGAGUGCGCUUCCAAUCAAACACUACAGCUCGCACCUCCAAACUCCUCGAAGUGAUUCACAGCGACGUAUGCGGACCGAUGUCGAUGGCAACUUUCAGUGGAAAACGGUACUUCGUGACAUUCAUUGA